AUGGGUAAUAGAACAGCUAAAUCAUCUCUUGAUCCAAAUCUUUUGGAUAAAUUAGUGGAAGAAACAGGCUUAGAACGUGAAGUUAUUAUUGCUUGGAGAAAACAAUUUUUAUCGGCAUGUCCAUCGAAUAAAAUGAAUCGAAAAGAUUUUUAUAAAUUUUAUCGUUCAUUACGAGUUGAAUCUGAUGAUAAAGUUAAAGAAAUUGUUAAUUUUAUAUUUACAGCAUUUGAUCGUGAUUCAAAUGGGAAAAUUGAUUUUACGGAAUUUCUUUGUGGUUAUGCAAUAACAUCAUUGGGGACAAUGCGACAAAAACUUGAUUAUGUAUUUGCAGUUUAUGAUAAAGAUAAAAAUAAUUCAAUUGAUAGAAAAGAAAUGGUGAGAGUUAUAUCGGCUAUGUAUGAUUUAUUAGGAAAGUCCAGAGAAGAUUAUCCACCAGAACGUUGUGUCAAUGAUGUUUUCUCAUUAAUUGAUGUUAAUAAUGAUCAUUCAUUAACUAAAGAUGAAUUUAUUGAUGGUGUUCUAAAAAAUCCCUAUCUUUCUGAUCUUAUUUCACCAUUUAACGAAUAA